AGACAAUUUUUUUUUUUCAUAAUGGGUGAAUUAAUUAGUCUCAACUAUGUUGGGUGUAUCAAUAUUGACGUCAUAUUUACUCAUUUGUGAUAUUUUUUGACCUAUGAUCUGCGUCUGUGAGCGAUUGGAUGGGGACGUUUUCUUAAAUAGUAAUAAACAUGUACAAUUCAUUGCGAUAAGAUAUUUUUGUCUAGUCCAAGAGAGGCUGGAAGAUCAGUCGUUAUUGUUUAGUGCAUGUGGAAUGAUCAUUCUCCCCGAACAAAUUCUCUGGAACGAAAAUCUGUAGACAAAAUAGCAGCAGAAAAGAGUGGAUAAAGCAAACAAGAAGUGUGUGUAUUAAAAGUUAGAAAAAUUAAUUCUGACCUAGUGAACAAAAUUUAGUGAAAAAUUGUGAGGCAUGACAUUGAAAAGUCAAUAAAUUUCAGUUUAAAUAGAUCAUCGAUAGUUCUCUUUGGACAGAUAUUGACAAGAAGUGUCUUAAGUGACUUAUUUUUAAUGAUUGAGGUGAAAAAUUGCAAAGUAUUUUGAAAAAAAAUUUAAUUAAAAUAUGAUCCUGCCAAACAACACGGGCGGCUUUAUGCUGCAAACGAUGCUCUACUUGGCAAAUCAGCGGCCAAAUGAGAGCAAUUUCCACGAACUGUACAACCUUCCUCCAGGAAUGGAUCCAGCAGAUAUAAAUGAUAUUAAAUGCUAUGGCGUGUACGGAUGUUUUCCAAUUACACCUCCAUGGACUGUAGAGACCCGACCUGUAAGCCUCUAUCCUGAAAGCCCUUCUAAGAUCAGCCCACACUAUCCAGUGUUCAAUAAAAACAGGAGAGAUCUGCCAAAGUUCAUCGACAUCAAUGAUCCUGACCAAAUAAAGUCGGUGGGAAUCGAUCCGAGAGGGAAUAUUUAUUUUGUGGCUCAUGGAUACUUGGAAUCUGGAGACAGACCUUGGAUCCAAAGCAUGGUGAAUGCUCUUUUGGAUGAAGAUCUCUAUGGGACAGCGAGUGUUGUGGUGGUGGAUUGGGGCGGUGGCUCAAGUCCCCCUUACACUCAAGCUGUGGCCAAUAUACGCCUCGUAGGGGCCAUAACAGCACAUAUAAUUCACUUAAUUCAUGAGGAGCUGAAUCUUCCCAAUUUGGAUAAGGUUCACAUGAUCGGGCAUUCUCUGGGGUCUCAUCUUUCAGGCUACGCUGGAUUUACCUUGCAGCGUGAUUUUAACCUUACCUUGGGCAGAAUUACAGGAAUGGAUCCGGCUGAACCUCUUUUCUCCCAAGUGGAUCCCAUUGUCCGGCUUGAUCGUACGGAUGCCAAAUACGUGGACAUUAUACAUUCGGAUGCCAGACCAUUCACUAGCGGAGGCCUUGGAAUGUCCGAGGUGAUUGGGCAUUUGGAUUUCUUUCCCAAUGGAGGUUUUAACAAUCCAGGAUGCAGCGAAGACAUGUCCACGUACAUCGAGCAAGAAAGAGGAUCAUUCUUUUGGGGUGUCCAACAGUUUGUCAGUUGCGACCACUUAAGAAGCUACCAGUUUUUCACUGAGAGCAUCUCUCCAAAAUGUCCCUUCAUUGCCAUUAGCUGUGAUAGCUACGAGAGUUUCAAAGCUGGCAACUGCUUCAAGUGCGAUCGUGAUGGUCACAAAUGCUUCCAAUUUGGAUUCCACAGCUACAAAAGCUACAGACGAGCCAUCGAGAGUGGCAGUAUCAGAGAGAGUAGCUCCAUAAAAGCAUAUCUCAUAACAGAUGCCCAGAAACCUUAUUGUCGCACGCACUACAAGGUAAAGAUAAAAAUUUCCAGCUCGGAGGAGAGUGUUGUACAUGGUGGAGAAAUUGGCAUGAUGUCCAUCAUUAUUCGAUCUCACCACAACACCGAGACGGAGAAGAUGCCUUUUUCAGCUGAGCCGACGUACUAUGAGCCUGGUCAUAAGUACGUGUCAGUGCUGCCGGGGAAGGAUGUUGGGAUACCCAAGUAUGCCAUCGUCAAUUGGGAAUACAAGACAAAUCCCCUGAAUCCUCUCACGUGGCGUCUCAUUGCGAGUCCUCGUGUUUACAUUGAGUACAUUAUUGUUGAAUCUCUGGAGCACAAAUCAAACCUCCGCCUCUGUCCAAUGUUCAAUACGCCAGUUGUUGCCGAUACACCAAAUAUCUUCCGACACGAUUAUUGCUGAGGACAUCAAUGGAUAACAAUAUUUGUGAUUUCACCACACGACACAAUAAAAGAUGGUUAAGAAAUGGAAGAAAA